AUGUUCCCCCGAGAGGGAGAGGGAGCGCAGCCGCAGGAGAGCGCUGCAGUGUGGGGCACAGUGUGGCCAGAGAUGGAGGCGCAGACCAUGGAGGCGCAGACCAUGGAGGCGCAGACCAUGGAGACGCAGACCAUGGAGACGCAGACCAUGGAGACGCAGACCAUGGAGACGCAGACCAUGGAGGCGCAGACCAUGGAGACGCAGACCAUGGAGGCGCAGACCAUGGAGGCGCAGACCAUGGAGACGCAGACCAUGGAGACAAUAGCGCUGGAAAGUCUCGUCCCAGAAGCACGUCCAUAG